AUUUGCAAUAAAUUACUACUUGGGUUACUCUAUUUUUUUCCUUCUCUAGGUGUUUUUGAUGUUUUAAAGGACUUGCAUUUUAGGGGGUUUGCUGCCUUUUUGUGUCUCUGUGUGUUAAAAGAAACAAGCUUGGAAGAUGGCUUCCGUCAAUCUCUACUGUUCCUUCUUGGCCUCCUCCCGUUUACAAGGCCACUACACUGGUCUACAUUGUGUGUGUCCAUUCGUGAGAAGAGGGCACCUUACUUAUCUGGGCUCUGGUGAUCUUGCUAAAAAACUGUGCUUUAGUUUCAAACGUGAUGGUAGAGCUGGAGCUGGAGCCUCUUCCAUAUCUGGAGAGGGUGAUGUGCUAUCUUAUCCCAAUGAUAAUAUAGUUUCGGGACAGGAUAUGUUUGUGAACCAAUCACCUGGGGUUGAGUUACAACCUGAUGCUAUAGGUUUUGGAACAUUAUCAGCGGAAAUAACUCCUUCCACUGGUGGUUUCUUCGCUGAUAAUGAUGAAUAUGACCUCGAUCGUCCUACGGAAGGAUGUGCCUCAAUCCCAGAGGCCAUUGAGGAUAUUCAUCAAGGAAAGAUGGUAAUUGUUGUAGAUGAUGAGGACAGAGAAAAUGAGGGAGACCUUAUAAUGGCAGCAUCAAAGGCAACACCAGAAGCUAUGGCAUUCAUUGUCAAACAUGGAACUGGUAUAGUGUGUGUGAGCAUGAAAGCAGAAGAUUUAGAAAGAUUGGAACUUCCUUUAAUGGUAACUCAUAAGGAGAACGAGGAAAAACUGUGCACCGCAUUCGCUGUAUCGGUGGAUGCAAAACAUGGCACAUCAACAGGUGUCUCAGCUCGUGAUAGGGCAACAACCACAGUAGCUCUUGCCUCCAAAGAUUCAAAACCUGAAGAUUUCAAUCGCCCAGGCCAUAUUUUCCCACUCAAGUACAGGGAGGGUGGUGUUCUAAAAAGAGCUGGACACACAGAAGCCUCAGUUGAUCUUGCAAUGCUGGCUGGGUUGGAGCCUGUUGCUGUUUUAUGUGAGAUAGUGGAUGAUGAUGGCUCUAUGGCAAGAUUACCAAGGCUUCGUCAAUUUGCACAGGCGGAAAACUUAAAAAUCAUUUCAAUUGCUGAUCUAAUCAGUGAAAGAUAUAGGAGGAGAAGAGAUAGAUUGGUGGAGCUGGCUGCUGCAGCUCCAAUACCCACAAUGUGGGGGCCAUUCAAAGCCUACUGUUAUAGGUCAUUGCUGGAUGGGAUUGAGCAUAUUGCAAUGGUCAAAGGUGAAAUUGGGGGUGGGAAAGAUAUUCUGGUGCAGGUACAUUCCGAGUGCCUCACAGGCGACAUUUUUGGAUCAGCUAGAUGUGAUUGUGGGAACCAGCUAGCACUUGCAAUGAAGCAAAUCGAGGAAGCUGGCAGGGGUGUUCUGCUGUAUCUCCGUGGACAUGAAGGUAGAGGAGUUGGCUUGGGUCACAAGCUCCCUGCUUAUAACCUUCAAAUUGAUGGACGAGAUACAGUUGAAGCCAACAAGGAUCUGGGUUUACCUGUCGAUUCUCGCGAAUAUGGCAUUGGUGCACAGAUGUUGAGAGAUCUGGGUGUUCGAACAAUGAAACUGAUGACAAAUAAUCCAGCCAAAUAUGUUGGGCUCAAAGGCUAUGGUUUGGCAGUUGCAGGCAGGGUCCCCCUGUUGACACCAAUAACCAUGGAAAACAAGAGAUAUUUGGAAACUAAACGUGAAAAAAUGGGGCAUAUAUAUGGUUCAGAUAGUGGCCUUGUGAACGGUCUUAUCGGUGAAAACGAUAAUUCAACCACCGGCAGCCUGUCCGAUGGUGUAUGAUAUCCAAGGCAUAAGUGCUUCCUGCAGGUCUGUUCAAGGGAGUAAAAUGAAUAGUAAGUUCCAAUGUCUUUUUACCAUGAAAGAGAAAAUAAGCAUUCUUUGUUACCGUUGUGUUACUUACCUGUACUCCUUGGUUUUAGGAUGUAAAUAAUAAAUAAUAAUUAUGAAAUUAAUUUUUUUUCCUUGUGGUAAAGUAGGAGGCUGUAGUUUUUAUUCCGUGCUAUUGUAACAAACACGGAAUUGAGGAGUCCAAGUGCCAUUUGACGCUAACUGUUCCACAAGGAAUUAUUGUACAUAAAAGAAUCUUCACAUGGCCGCAUUUUGCUUGGCCUAAUUUUCAACCGGACCAUUAUAAUUAUAAUUUUAUUACCUAUAAUCUAAAUAGUGUGGUGUUUUCACCGAA